AUGUCAUACCUCUCUUCUGCAUUUAAAGGAUUGGUUGCAGGAUCAAUUAUUACUCCAAUUGUGACUAAGGUUUUCAUUGUCCCACUAUAUUUUGAUUCCCAAAUACACAAGGAAAUACACUAUAUCCAACAAGAGAUGGAAUAUGUAGGGUGGCAUAUUAGACAUCUAGAAGAAGAAAAGGGGUUUCAGGAAGAAGAGCUAUAUCGACCAGCAACAUAUUAUGGUCCAGUUCCAUGA